UGAAGGCCUUACCGAACCUUCGCCGGCGUUUCUAUUGUGUACUCCUGAUGUCUGCUGUGUUGUUCUGGUCGCCAAAGCUGGGCCCCAUUACGCUGAUCCUGGAUAAGGAGUCGAAGGCGGACCACAAGAUGGCAGCCAGACUGCGCAAGCACGAGCAGGAACUCGGUUUCAAGUUUGACAUUAUCUUCGAACCCCUUCCCAAUGACACCACCAUCCUGAGAAGCUUUCGAGGGAGGGGCUACGGCCGUCAACUGUGGAGCAGCUUCUUCAUGGAUCUGUACGUCAACGCCUCUGUCAUCGGCUGGACGGACACGGAUGUAUUGUUCACCACACCCGUUACCCCGGAGAAUAUCUUCAACGGCCGUAGGCUUCGGGUGCUAUCUUUUACGAGGGACAAGGCCGCGUUGGAUAGAGCGCACCAGCUGCAAUGGUACGAAUCGACAAAGGACGCAAUCGGUAAGGAGAUGGUUGCCGACUUCAUGUCGUAUUUUCCAGCCUACGUCUGGAGAGACACCAUCACCAACUGCAGGAACCACAUCAUGAAACACAUGAUGGUAUCUCAAUUUGAGGACGUUUUUCGCAAGCUUUACCCAAUUAGCCCGGUCAACAUCAUCAUGAACUACGCCUACCACUUCGAGCAUAAUCGUUACGACUGGCAUCUGGAUUUCAAUGAAAGUCUCGAGGCACACAACUCUGAACUGCUCCCAGAUGUCAACGUCACAGUCAACGACACUUUUCCAGAUGUACACGUCGCCAUACACACGAACAGAAGCGAUGCCUUAUUGCAGGGAUACUGCGUUGCCAAGCGGUACGUUGGCAGGCAGCCGACCAGCUGCGAACGUUUCGCAGAAUCCAUAAACUUCCUCAUGUUCGAAUUCACUCCUGCGAAAAGCCACAUGAAGACGUGGUGCUCGCCUGACAAAGGUCGUAACGACUGCAUCCGACGUAUCGAAGCGCAUUACCAGAACUUUCGAAAGUACUACGAUGCGGGAUGGUAUGAUCUAGACCUGGGCCGAGUGACCGCCCUGGAGAGAGCCGCUAAGCUAGAGCAUGUGACAUGCCCACAUUUGCGCAACUUCGAUUAAAUUUGAAGACAGAUUACGAGUUCUAUACCUUGUAAAGGAAGGCAACAAAUAUUAACAUCAAACGAUUUUUUUGGGAAAAAAAAGAAUUCACCCCUGCAGUAAAAUUUGUAUGCCAUUAGGGGGUGGUGGCGCAAGUCAAAACCUUGCCCAACUACGGAAAUUUAAUGUAGGGGUUAAUUGCUUACGCCAUGUGACACUGGGGGCGCUGUUCAUUAUACCGAUGUGCAUAUACAAUAUUAUAUACUUCCACUUUUGAACCUUAUAAUUAGGAACUCUACCGUACGUGUAUUGUAACUUAAUUUGCUUGCUCGUCUGCCAUGUUUUAGUGUUCUAAAGGAGUAAUUUGGGCUUAAAAUUCCGAAAAAUUGCCUUUCUGUUUUCCUCAGCGUGGAAAAGUAGGGGUCAUUCGGUAACCCUUAUUUAGUAUGUAUUAUUGUUAAACGCUACAUGUCUGAUAUUCAAGGACAGAUCCGGAACAAAACCUUUGGGUGCUGCAGGUCCACAAUGUAGAUAUGUUGAUAUGAAACGGGGGGGGGGCUAAAUUUGGGUGCUUUUUACACGUGUUUAGAAGGGAGGAAAGGACAGGAGACCCCCCCCCAUAAAAAUUCUCAUUAAAAGAAAUGGGUAGCCUUCCACUUAUCCGCCUUGAAAGACUUGACCGUUAAAGAGCCCGGGUAGGGGGUAGAGUCCCCCGCCCUUAUCCGAUUUUGUGAAAAUUUAACACACUAUUCUUGUGCAGCGCCCAUUUUUGCGAGACGUAAAGGUAAGUCAAAAUGCAUUGCCACUGCGGUGCUCAAUGCGCGCAGGCUGGCACAAAUGUAGCCGUGAAUUUCAGAGGCCUGAUUGAGUUCAAACUUCACAUUUGUAAUGACAGCUUAGUGUUUUUACAUGCAUGCCAAGUUUCAAAAAUUAAAGCGCAGCCGAGUUGGGGGGGGGUCGCCGCAGCUGUGGACUGGGCCGAAAUAACCCGGCUCCUUGAAGUUUAGGGGCUGAAGGGUUUAAUGUGGGCAAUUUUGUGCGGGGGAUGCAGGUAAAAUGGUGGAUUGUGGGGGGUAACUUGCCGGGCACGGAACUUUGAAAAGGGCGAGGGGCACUGACACCCAUCUGACACUAGGGGGCGAUGUUUAAGAAGUUGUUCUCCUUUUGUAAUUGCUAC